AUGGAGAUCGUUUUCCAAUCGCCUGCACAGCCCGAGAGACUCCUCUUGCAUGACGCCCUUGCCAAAAAUGGUUCGGAAACACUGUCGGCCCUGCUGUCCGCAAUCUACGACCUUAUAUUCGCGACUAAUUUGCUUUCAGUUCAAUCAUUUUCAUCCUCACUCGAAGCCAUUAAAGUCCAAGAAUCUCUGUUUCGCGUAACGUUAACAAAUAUCGAAUUUAAUUGGAAAUUUACCCAGAAAGAGCGAUAUAUCAUCCAAGAUGCGGCAUCUGAUGGGCUAUAUUCAGAGGAUGACAUCGAACGCGCUUUCUACAAGCAUGGAGGAUAUAAUGGCGUUAUUGCGCUCAUACUGUUUUUCAGAAAAUCAGAAAAUAUACGCAAGAACUGGGCGACCAUUAUCGAAGGAUUCCGAGCGGUGUUGGUGAAUUACGCUACAAAGAUGCUUAGCAGCGAAAUUGUCAAGUGGAUUCCGGAAUUUCUUAGUACACUAGGGCGGGUUGGUCCGCAUCCACUUCAAUAUCUCGGGGGUCAUGCUGGGAGGAAGCGACCGAGGGACAUAAUGGAGACUAUGGACAGUUUAGCCGUGACACAAGCUCGGUGCCUCUCUCGAUCAUGGGAUACAUCGGCCACAGUCUUUCAGCAAUUCCAAGAAUCGCAAGAGAUACAUCAAAUUGGGCAAGCAGUCGACUCCCAGCGGCAGGAUCACCUUUUUUUAACGUUUCGACUUACAACUCCCAAAGAAGAUCAGCAACAACAGCUACUCAAUACCUCGCUCCACCUAGAUGAAGCAGGUAACAUACACCAGCGACAACAACAAUGCUUCCGGUCUCGUCAGGACGUACCUACUUCGAUACUCAACGCGCCUUCUCUCAAACAGAACCUCCCCCAGCAACAACAAUACCGAAAACCAUUUAAUACCUCAACAGAUAGAGAUAUGGAAAGCCCUCCGCAUCAGCAUAUACCUACUCUAAUAUCCAAUGUCUCUUCCCUCUGCGACAACGAAUCUCUUUCAUUCGAAGCUCCCUCAGAUGACCUCAUCAUGGCGUCCUCCAUAGACCAUACGAAUUUUCCCAUCGAUCCUCUCCCGCUUCUCUUAUAUGCUCUGGGGGGUUCCCAAAUUCGACAGGACGUACUAUUUCGUGGGCUUUUGCCACAGAAACGAUGGGAUGGCUGCGGGAAUGUGCGUGAGAUUACGCCACGUGACGCUGGCUUUGAUGAGCAGACCACCAGUAUUUUCUCAAGUCAGACCGUGCUCGAGCAAACUAUCGAGACUUGCAUCCGAUUUGGUUUGGUACUGCAGGGUGUAUCGGAGGAUGGUUCGCUGCAGUACUCAAUUACUGAACAGUCACGGCGUCAAAUAUCUCAAACCGUUAAAGGUGAGGAGCUACACCUACUUGGAUUGAUAUUCACAACCCAUAUCUAUCCUCGGGAUCAGGCCCUAGAGCCCUCGUUUCAGGCCCUCGGGAGACUCUUGUUGCCCUACCUCGAACGUACUUGGGAAUUUGUGCUGGGAGAGCGUUGCCCUAUUAUUCCAGCUCCUAUCCGCGAUAGCCUGGUUGAAGCAUCAUUAGCGACAUACACAUUAGUUGGUACGUCCCGUAAGAAGAAUGUGAUUUCAGUGCUAGCCAAGAUCCAAGAUCCUGAUCUACCAGACUACUUGCGGAUGGCAAUUGUAUAUCGGAAGAGUAUCUUAUUACGACGUCAGGGCGACCACGAUCGAUCGGAUGGUGUAAUACGAGAUAUCCUCGAGAGUAUUGAGCUCAAAUCGAAGGAUAUGAGGUUAUACUGUACCUAUGGACGUUUGCUGCUUUCUCUGUCCGAAAAUGCAAUAUUGCGCAAAGAGUUCGGCCAAGCAGAGUCACACCUGGCAAGUUGGGAGGUUAAGAAUCCCGAACCUUCCGGACUGGAGCUACAAGUGGUUCGAUUGAAGAAUACUGUACUCGGCAGAGUGUCACGAUAUGUGGGCAAAUUUUCACACGCACGCUACUGCCUCGAGGAAUGUCUCCAGACGAUUCCUGGCGAUGCGAGUCGCUAUCACAUCAUGUACCACCUGGGCGAUGUCUACUGUGAACUGGGACUACCAGAGGAGGUUGAAACGUUGGUGCUUGACGAGAUUGAACAGCUAAGAGCUCGUGGCAAGCAACGCUUAAAAGCUUUCCGACGUCUGGCUCUGCCGUUAGCGGAGGCAUACAUACAGCAAAGAAAAUUAGAGGCAGCUAAGGGUCUCCUUCGAGAACUUGUCGACACCUUUGCAGGGAUGGUCAGCCAUGAUGUAUCCGAUCAAUUGAGCCAUGUCCGUUCAAUGAUCGGCCUAGCACGCGUCAAUUGGUAUCAGACUCUAUGGUCCAAAGCCCGUCAAACUUUAGACGAGGCAAUGGCUCUUACCGAAAAUUACAGAACUUUUUCGAAGGGAAAUUAUUAUAAAGGGGUCAUCUACCUCUUCCUCUCCCUUGUGAAUUUCGAGCUCCACGAGUAUGCGGAGUCCCGGUUGACCCUUGUGUCUGCAAAUGAUAUCCUGUCCAAAGAGAUGCCUCGACAUUUCAUACCAGGAAUGGGAUCAUAUUUCCUACAGUAUCUGGUGCAAGUUGAGAGAUCUCGACAGUGGCCUUCGAGCUCCAUUAAUGAAAUUCCACCCUCAGCCGCCUUCAGCAGAGCUCAAAUGAUUUAG